UCCACUUUGCAUUCAUCGACUUGAAAGUCUUCGUCAAUGCGUCAAAUCUUUUUAAUUUUACUUGCUCGCUAAGCUUGUGGUUUUGCUAUAUUAAUGGGCAAUUUCUUUGAUUUUUGUUCAUCCAUCCCUCGCCAAUUCGCUUCUACAACCGGCCAACAACGAGCAAGGAUUUCCAAGGAUUAUGGCUUCUGAUGCUUUGCACGAUCUGAAUUCCUUGAUUUCCUCCGAUGGGAGAGACUUUCUCAUCCGCAACAAUGGCGAUCAGGUGAAGAUCAGUUUCUUAAUCGGAAAGAAUGUAGGGUUGUAUUUCUCGGCGUCAUGGUGCCCUCCCUGUCGCCGUUUCACUCCCAUUUUUGCAGGGGUUUACGAGGAAUUAGCAUCCAAGGGUGAUUUUGAAGUUAUCUUCAUUUCUGGUGACAACGAUGAUGAAUCUUUCAAGGACUACUUCUCCAAAAUGCCCUGGUUGGCCAUUCCAUUUUCUGAUUCAGACACCAAGAAACGCUUGAAUGAACUUUUCAAAGUGAGGGGAAUUCCUUAUCUUGUUGUUCUCGAUCCCAACGGGAAGGUUUCAACUGAUCAAGGAGUGAGACUGGUCAGUGAACAUGGGGUUAAUGCGUAUCCCUUUACUGCUGAACAGAUCAAACUUCUGAAGGAGGAAGAGAAGGAAGCUAAGAGGAACCAAACCAUUAGUUCCAUCUUGGUUUCGACCUCGCGAAAUUACCUGAUCUCAAAUGAUGGAAAUCGGAUUCCUGUAUCUGAGCUUGAAGGGAAACUGGUUGGGCUGUAUUUCUCUGUUUACGGCCAUAACUCGUGUGAUGAAUUUACGCCUAUUUUGGUUGAUGCUUACAACACACUGAAAGAGAAGGGAGAGAACUUUGAGAUUGUGUUGAUCUCUCUAGAUGAUGCAGAUGACGACUUCAAAGAAGCAUUCAAAACAAUGCCAUGGCUGGCAUUGCCAUCAAAGGAUGAGAAAUGUAAAAAACUCAUUCGUUAUUUUGAGCUUAGAACUAUACCUACUCUUGUUAUAAUUGGGCAAGAUGGGAAGACUUUGAACUCGAACGCUGCAGAGCUCAUUGAAGAACAUGGUGUUGAUGCCUAUCCUUUCAGUUCAGAGAAACUUGAAGAGCUUGCUGCGAUUCAGAAGGCGAAGCUCGAGUCACAGACUCUGGAGUCCAUUUUAGUUCAGGGAGAAAAAGAUUUUGUUAUUGACAAUCAUGGUGCAAAGAUCGCGGUAUCUGAACUGGUUGGCAAGAACAUUUUGCUCUAUUUCUCCGCACACUGGUGCCCUCCAUGCCGUGCAUUCUUGCCUAAGCUAAUAGAGGCAUACCACGAAAUUAAGCAAAAGGACAAAGAGUUUGAAGUCAUUUUCAUUUCAAGCGAUCGAGACGAAGAUUCGUUUAAAGAAUUCUUUGCGGGAAUGCCAUGGUUAGCCUUGCCAUUUGGGGAUGAAAGGAAGAAGUUCCUAAAUCGCAGGUUCAAAAUCCAAGGCAUUCCUGCAGUUGUAGCCAUUAACCAAAGCGGUCGCACAGUCUCAACAGAUGCCCGUAACCUCAUUACAGCUCAUGGGGCAGAUGCCUAUCCAUUUACAGAGGAACGUCUCAAGCAGUUGGAGGAGCAGCUGGAAGAAGAGGCAAAGGGGUGGCCUGAGAAACUGAAACAUGAACUACAUGAGGAACACGAACUUGUUCGGACGCGUCGUAAUGCAUAUGGUUGCGAUGCGUGUGACGAGAUGGGAUAUGGUUGGUCCUUUUAUUGUGAGGAGUGUGACUUCGACUUGCACCCGAAAUGUGCUUUGAAAAGCGACGUGGAGGGAGCCAAGGAGGGAAAGGAAGGGUGGGUAUGCGAGGGAGGCAUGUGCCGUAAAGCGUAAGAAUUCAUAUUCUUAUUCAGAAUAGCUAAGAAUAUGUAAGCUUAUGAUGGUAUGUGCUUUGCUUGUUGCCUUUUUCUUUUGUGAUGUCCUGGUGUGUACUGCAGCUAUGUUGUGUCAAACCAUAAUCUGUAAUCUGCUUCUCAGUUUCAAUAAAUUAUGAGGUUUACAGCUCCA